AUGUCAGCCUCUUCCAACAUUGUGCAAAUUCUCUCUCUCUAUGCUGCCCAUUGCCUCAUACCCGCGACUCUCCUAAUCUCAACAACAAAGCAAUCUGUUCUUCGGUAUCUGUCGAUCUCAUGCUCUAUCUUGAUUGUAUAUCGCGCUAUACCAGUGGCUACAGCGCUGGGUCCGGGAUUUGUAUGGUGUGAAUGCGCUCGUCUAUUCGUGACCAUCAUCUUCCAAUGCCUAAACCUGUUACUCAUCAACCCUAAAGAUAGUAAUGAUUUGCCUGCUGGAAGUAGCCAGAGCUUUGUGGCUCGAAUAUAUGCCGCGACUCGGCUCUUCACUGACCCUCGUGGGAUCAACACUUCCUGGCAAAUAAAGAAUGCCCCACCACAGCCAGCAUAUUAUAAACGACGUGAUAUGAACACGCCUCCUCGGGGUCCCUUUUUGGUUCGUCAAAUAGCCAUUGUUGUUUGGCAAUAUCUAGCUCUGGAUGUCUUUGCUACACUUGCGUUGCAACAAGCUUUGGAGCAAGAGAGAAAUGGGAUGUUGCCGCCAGUACCUCAAUGGGACAUAUCAACUGAACAAUGGAUUGAACGCAUCAUCUCAAACCUCAUGGCUGGAUUUGUGGUGAGCCGAAUUCUCAUCGACUUCCACCAUCGUGCCUUUUCGGUCAUUGUCGUGGGACUUGGACUGGACUCGCCUGCAAAUUGCCCUCCCUUGUACGGAAGAGCACUGGAUGCAGAUACAGUACGGGGCUUCUGGGGGAAAUUCUGGCACCAAUUGCUACAAAAUCCCCUGACCUCUGUCAGUGCCUUCAUCACUCAAGACCUAUUUGGCCUAAGGCCAAGAUCUUUGCUACAGCGGUAUAUGAACGUUUUUGUUGUUUUCUUCUGCUCGGGCGGGUUGCAUCUCGUCCUCGAUAUUGUGCAGGGAAUCCCCGCAAAGGAAUCCGGCGCCAUGUUAUUUUUCCUCACGGCCCCUCUAGGCCUCAUGAUCGAAGAUGGAAUCAAAGCGCUUUGGAAAUAUUUUUCAAAGUCUAAUGGCACAAUCAAGACAGCCCCUAAACCGCUGUGGCAAAGGGCUCUCGGCCUAACGUGGUCUAUGGCAUGGCUGGGUGUCACCUCAACUGGGUACUUCUACCCACAGAUGGUGAGGCCGCAAAAUCAGACCCUGGUUCCUUUUUCUGUGGCAGGUCAAAUUGGACUGCCUCUAGAGGCAGGAAUUGUCCUAGUUGGUGGUGCUGUGCUAGCAAAGGUGUUUGAGGUUGAGGUGUGA